GGAGAGGCGGGGCCACGACGCGGCCCUCCGAGGGGGUGGGGGGCGCGGCCUGGCGAGGGGGCGGGGCGGCCGUCCACGUGCUUUCCCCGCAUCCCCGUCGCCAUGAAGUGCGUCAUCGAAGGCGGCAACGUGAAAGCCCUCGGCCAUGCCGUGCACGCGCUGUCCCGUGUCGGCGACCACCUCUACCUGGAGCCCUCUGACGCUGGGCUGUCCCUGCGUGCCGCCAGCGCGUCCCGCUCCGCCUUCGCCUCCUUUUUCUUCGCGCCGCUGUUCUUCCAGCGCUACGAGCCAGGCCCCCCCGGCACCCGCUGCAAGGUGCUGAUGAAGUCCUUCCUGGGCGUGUUCCGCUCGCUGCCAACUCUGGACAAGUCGGUGGAGCGCUGCCUGGUGCUGCUACGGCCCUGCGCUGGGCAGCUGGUGUUACAGCUGCACUGCAAGCACGGUGUCACCCGCACCCACCAGCUGGCCUUCCAGGAGUGUGAGCGGCUGCAGGCCAUCUUCGACACGCAGCGCUGCGCCAGCCGGCUGCGUGCUCCUGCACAGGUGCUGGCGGAGGCCGUGGUGCACUUCCCACAGACACUGGCGGAGGUGACGCUGGGAGCUGCUGCUGGGGGCCGAAUCGGGCUGCGCAGCCAUCUGGAGGAGGGCAGCGAGCCUGGCAAGGCCAUGGUGACAGAGCUGUGGUUGGCGCCGGAUGAGUUCCAGGAGGUGGCAGUGGUGCCCGGCUCCUGCAUCACUUUCUGUCUCAAGGAGUUCAGGGGGCUCCUGAGCUUCGCGGAGGCCUCCAGCCUACCCCUCACCAUCCACUAUGAUGAUCCCGGCAGGCCAGCCAUUUUCACCCUGGAUGACUCCCUUAUGGAGGCACACCUUGUCCUGGCCACCCUCCUGGACCCAGAGAGCGACUCACAGCCACCCCCUGCCACCAAUGGCAGCAUCUCCCACCCGCCUGCCCCCUCCGAUGACUUUGCUGAUGAUCUCGAGUCCUACAUGGUGGCCUUGGGAAGUAGUGCCUGUGAGGGGGAGGCAGGGGAACCCCCCAGCCCCACCUUCUCCCUGCACACACCUCGCCCUGAAAAAAGCGACCCUGAGGAAGAGGAGGAGGAGUACGGAGCUGUGCCAGGGACACCCCCUCACAAGAAGUUCCGCUCGCUGUUUUUUGGUUCUGUGCUGACGCCAAGGGGGCCUGGCCCAGCACCCAGCCAGGAGGUGUUGGCAGAGGACAGCGAUGCUGAGUGCUGAGAGCCCCCAUUCCGAUGCCACAGCGCAGCAGCAGCUGGCACUGUCUGGCCAUGCAGGAUAAUCCCAAACCCACAUCUUAAGACCCAUUACAAGUUUAUUCCCCAAAAAAGCCUCCCGCCCUGCCUCCACUGCCAUCCAAGGGGCAGGUCCUGCCCCAGAGGGCGCAUUUGGUACAGUAGAAAGUGGCAGGGGGGACAGGAUCUUACAAAUAAAAAAA